UUUAUAUAUUUGUUUAUGUUUCAUUCUGGAUUCACUCACUCUAUUUUAUCAAUUAAUUUUGUCCUCUUGCUCCACUGUUAUUCAUCAACUUGGAUACAAGGUUUUUAAAAUGAGUUUGCGUAAUCGAUAACUACCUCUCACUGCGCUGAAACCAUUUCUGAUUAUACUUUUGAUUGGUUUAUUGGUGAAUUCGGCAGUUUCGAGGUGAAGCGCCAUGGAAGCUAAAGUGGUUCAAGGCUUGCAACUUUCAACUAUGGCGUAUUGCGACAAGCUUGGGAAAACAAGGCCACGUGGUUCUCUGAGAAUAUCUGGUGAAUUGAAGGACCCAAAGAAGCUUCAGGUUUUUGUUUCGGCUAAGUUGCAGCCAGCGAGACCUUCAAUGAGGAAACCGCGAAGGAGGGUACCUUUGGAGGUUGCAUGUUCGUAUAAGGAUGUUUCAGCUUCAACAUUAGAAUCUGGAAGCCUUCAUGCUGUUAUUGAUGAAGAGUUGAUUUUGAAGAGUAAAUCACAAGAGAUCGAGCCACUUUUAAAUGGACAUUGUAUAUAUCUUGUUGGAAUGAUGGGCUCUGGAAAGACAACUGUAGGAAAGAUUUUGUCCCAAGUGCUUUCUUAUUCAUUUUUUGAUAGUGAUGCAUUGGUGGAGGAAGAAGUAGAUGGAACUUCUGUAGCUGAUAUAUUUAAGCACCAUGGAGAGGAUUUUUUCCGUGAUAAAGAGACUGAGGUAUUGCGGAAGCUAUCAAUGAUGCAUAGACAUGUUAUCUCUACUGGUGGAGGUGCAGUUUUGAGGCCAAUCAAUUGGAAAUAUAUGCACCAGGGCAUUAGUGUUUGGUUGGAUGUACCUGUAGAAGCCUUGGCUCAGAGAAUAACAGCUGUAGGAACUAAUUCUCGCCCUCUUCUACAUUAUGAAGCAGGAGAUGCGUUCACAAGGACUUUCAUGCGUUUGUCUGCCCUUUUUGAAGAAAGAAGCGAAUCAUAUGCAAACGCCAAUGCCAGGGUCUCCUUGGAAAAUAUGGCAGCAAAGCGGGGCCAAAAAGACGUGUUAGGUUUAUCUCCAGCUGCUAUUGCAAUUGAGGCUCUAGAACAAAUCAAAGGCUUUCUUAAAGGUCAAAAUGGCUGUUAAGCAUGAUGCUGGUACAAACUUCAACACAAAUGCGUAAUUUGUGUGAGCAUACUUUGGCGGGAAGCAGUAUUUAAUUCAUUUUUUUUUGGUUGUAUAUUUGUGGGUAGAUCUGACGUUUGUUAUAAUCCAAACUGGAUAGAUCAGUUAAUGCAUGCGUAACUUAUUUUCAACAUUUUAUCUAACAUAGUCGGUUCCAAUUUCCAUGGAUGCACCUAUGUUUUCUUUGCUUUUAGCAUGUUACAAUGAUUUCAUCAAAUUUAUCAAAGUUGCAUUGAAUACUUCCUGAAAUAGCGUAUUCAUAAUUCAUUGAACUUUUUAAGCAUUAACAUGGAAAACAAUUAAUUUUAAACGCCCAAAUGGUAGAUCAUCUAUCUUUCGAACUUUUUCUGUUUGAAACUAUCUUCAUUCGGUAAGCCAACAAGCCUUAAAAUCAUAAAUAACUCGGUUCACGAGUAAAAUUCUAGACAUUUAAAAAAGGGAGCAAAAUUGAAGGAAAAACCCUGGAACAAUAUGUUAACUACAUAAAUAAAACUCGCGUUUUUCAUAUGUCUAUUACCAAUGAAUACAAAUAUAAGAUCAAAGUUCAGCCAAGAAAAAGAAUAGGAA